CGGUGCUUCGGGGGCGUGGCCAGACGACGGGGCGGGGCGGGGCGCGGCGCGCGACUGCACCAGGCGGCGAUGGCGGCGGACGGGGACUGGCAGGAUUUCUAUGAGUUCCAGGAGCCGGCCCUGAGCCUCCAGGACCAGGAGAACUGUAACGCGAGCCCCGAGGCCGAAGCAGGGCCGGGCGGGGGAGGCGACGGCUUCCCAGCGCUGGCCUGCAGCUUGGAGGAAAAGCUGAGCCUGUGUUUCCGUCCCUCGGGUCCGGGUGCCGAGCCCCCCAGGGCGGCCGUGCGGCCCAUCACCGAAUGCAGCCUCCUGCAGGGGGACGAGAUUUGGAAUGCCCUGACAGAUAAUUACGGAAAUGUAAUGCCUGUAGACUGGAAGUCAUCCCAUACUAGGACCUUGCAUUUGCUUACUCUGAACCUCUCAGAAAAAAGGACGAGUGACAGCUUGCUCUUUGAUACCUCAGACGAUGAGGAGCUGAGAGAACAGCUGGAUAUGCACUCAAUCAUCGUCUCCUGCGUUAACGACGAGCCCCUCUUCACGGCAGACCAGGUGAUUGAAGAAAUCGAAGAAAUGAUGCAGGAGUCACCAGACCCAGAAGAUGAUGAAACACCCACCCAGUCGGAUCGGCUUUCAAUGCUUUCCCAGGAAAUUCAAACUCUUAAGAGGUCUAGUACAAGCAGUUAUGAAGAGAGAGUGAAAAGGCUGUCCGUAUCUGAAUUAAAUGAACUGCUGGAAGAAAUCGAGACGGCCAUCAAGGAGUACUCUGAAGAGCUGGUGCAGCAGCUGGCCCUGCGAGAUGAACUGGAGUUUGAAAAGGAAGUGAAGAACAGCUUUAUCUCAGUUCUCAUUGAAGUGCAGAACAAACAGAAAGAGCACAAAGAAACAACCAAAAAGAAAAAGAAACUCAAGAACAGCAGCUCUCAGAAUGGGAAGAACGAGAGAAGUCACCUGCCUGGCACACGCUUCAGCAUGGAAGGGAUCUCAAAUGUCAUUCAGAAUGGCCUCCGCCACACCUUUGGAAAUUCAGGUGGAGAGAAACAGUACUUGACAACAGUCAUUCCUUAUGAGAAAAAAAAUGGACCACCAUCUAUUGAAGAUCUUCAAAUAUUAACAAAAAUUCUUCGUGCCAUGAAAGAGGAUAGUGAAAAAGUUCCGAGUUUGUUAACUGAUUAUAUACUGAAAGUUCUGUGUCCUACGUAGGGCAGCAUAACUUCGGGAACAGCUUUAUCUUCUGUGGACAGCAAACUAAAUUGCUUAUAGCAUUAUUCUGAAAGCUGGCUACCAUUACCUUCCUGCUAUUGGAAACUCAGGACACCAGAACUUGGGUUUGUGAUUCAGUAUUACUAGAUCAUGCCUUCUCUAAUGCUUUAUAUUAUGAACCGAGGGAACUAUGGCACUCUUUUGAAUUCUAGAGAUGGUUUUUUUGUUAAAUACUAACAAUUAUGAACUCUUCUCUUUUCCAGCUUUAUAGAGUAAGGGGGAGUGAUGUUAAUUGUGCACGUGCAGUUAUAUUUUUCAUGCCUGUUUGAGUUUUUAAGGCUUUCUAGAUCUAAACUGCACUCACUCAAGAACUAGAUCAAAUCACUGAGAGAUUUAUACUCAUUAUUUUUCAGUGCUGGCAAGAACCAACACUGAUUUUUUUGUAAGAGAAUUGUCGGUGUAAAUAUUACCUACCAGUAUUGUCCAGAGAGACUAAGACUUAAAAAUUGAGGUGUUCUUGGAAGAAGGGAAACCAGAUUAUGUGUUGUCUUGGCUUAAUACUUAGUCAAUAUCGAAACAGCUGGAGAUGUCUGAUUUUAGAGGUUGCUCCGUUUCACCAUUGUUCAUAUUUUAACCAUUAAGAUGCCAUUUACUUUCAGAAUCUUGUAUUGUUUAACUUUAGAGGUUUCAAUGCUUCAUUUCACUUGUCUGUGAAGAAGUGUCCUUUAAAAGGAGUUUGUAUUCUAUAAGGUGCUUAAGAAACUGUAUGCUGCAGCAUUGCCCAUUUCCUGUUAGUUAUAUUUUAUUCAUGCCUAUGUGUUUUCCUAAAGUACUAAUUCUAGAAACAGCUACUCAUGGAUCCAUCACUAGUCAUGAAAAACCUUUGCCAGUUCCAAUCACGUCAAUGUCAUUUAAUAAAUGUUGGGAAAAAAAAAAAGGUAAUAUACACUUGAGAGCUUUAUUUUUGAGUUUUUGGUUUUUUGAUUUUUUUCUUCCCUUAACAGUGCUGGAUUCCUCCCCUCACUGUUCACACAUUGUCCAUCAUUACAACGUGUGAGCUGGUGAAAUCUUGAUUAGCCUCAUGAUGCUAAGGAGGGGAGAGAGGGACUUUUUUCAGAUCGUGCUAAGCUGCUGUGGAAUGAUGGAAGUCCUGUUCUUUUUCUGGGUCCGUGAGACAUUCCUAACAGCCAUGGCAGCUUCUUCCCAUUGACAACAUGAGUGUAAGUAGAGUCUGUAUAGGACCUGCUGUCGGGCUUUUAAAAUUCCACUUAAACAUCUGUGAGCAUACAGAGCUACCCGUAUCCCUCAGUCUGCUCAGUAAAUGGGACACCAGGACCGCAAAGGCAGUAGCUCAGUUUGGAGUUGAUGCCAGCGUGGCACGUAAGCCGUUCUCUAGGAGUAUGUGGAACUUGAGAUGGUUCCUUGUUUUUUUUUUUUUUUUUUUGUGGUAUGCGGGCCUCCCUCUGUUGUGGCCUCUCCCGUUGAGGAGCACAGGCUCCGGACGCGCAGGCCCAGCGGCCAUGGCUCACGGGCCCAGCCGCUCCGCGGCAUGUGGGAUCCUCCCAGACCGGGGCGCGAACCCGGUUCCCCUGCAUCGGCAGGCGGACGCGCAACCACUGCGCCACCAGGGAAGCCCCUCCUUGUUUCAUUAAUGUCUUAUUUGAUAGCGAAUAUGUGGAACUAAUUUGUCCCUUGCCCUUGAAUUGAUGAAGAUGCAUACUGAUACAAUAAUAUUAAUAAUUUAAACUAAUCUGAAUUUGUAAAAAUUGUCCUAUACUGAAGAAAUAUCACUUUGGAGGGCAUCUUAAAGAGUCAAGAGAUUUUUUUUUGAAGCGACUCAACAGUGGUCUGUUUAUAGUUCAUUCUUAAGUUGAUGCAUCUGAAAUGUAUGAAAAAUAUGCUGUUUUUUUCCUAUCAAUCAACUCCAAGUCCCCUUUUAAUGAGGUUUCCCCUAUUUUGCUUGGUAACCUCUUUCUUCAGCAUUAGUAAAACCCUAGGGUUUCCCCCUCCAACCUUUCUCCUACACAUGAUGAAUGAGUUUGACACUAAUGAUGAGAUGGGCAUGUUUCUGAUCUGUGACUGACAACAGGUAGGUUUUAAGUUUCUCUCACAGCAGCAUCCCCGUGCUGUACACUUGAUUGCUGGGCCGGGGGCGGGGGAGAGACACCUUUUUUUUUUUUUUAACAAGGAUUCCUUGGGAAAGGCCUGCCUUCUGAGAGAAGCACUGGGGUUGCUUGUGAUGCUGGAACUGACAGCCUUAAAGUAAAAGGACGAGUCAUCUUUCUCAUCUCAGACACAGAAUCUUUCUGAAAGUGACACUGUGUGAUUUAGAGUCAAAGUGUUUAUUUGCUGCCAAGAAUCAAGUUGCAGGUAAUCCUCUUACAGCCUUGUUUUUUGAAGAAAACAAAACAAACUGUAGAACUAUAGUGCACUCCAAGUGCCAUAUAUCUAUUUUAUUCUUCAGGAAAUUAUAUUUUUCUUUUACAGAGCACAACAGGAACCAAAGUAAAAGAGUAAUAGAUAUAGCACUCAGGAUAAAUCAAAUCUUUAAAAUAAUAAAAAAAAUUUACACCUUGUCCUAUAUCCUGUUAGUAUUUUCAUACUAUGGCCAUGAUUGAAAAAACAAAAAGCAAGCAUUUACAAUUUUUUGAUAGACUUUUUAUGCCAGGAAUGGAUUAAUUGUCAACAAAAAUUUAUACUAAUCAGGCUGAUGUAAGUCUAUUUUGGUAACAUAUCAUUAACAAAUUUAUUUUGGAGAUAAAAAUAUUGCCCCUUGAUAAUAAAUCUUUUUUUCUUUGAUGCAAACAGCUAGAACACCUUUUUCUUUUCCUUUUUUUUGAUAUUCUAAGACAAAAGAAAUGGUUAAUCUUCAGAUUAAUAAAUUAGGUCAUUAUAAUAAUAAAUUAAUUUUUUUUAAAGUUCAGCAACCUCUGUCCAAGUAUUUACAACAAUACUUGAAAGUUCCUUUACAAAACAGAACCCAUUUUCUUUUCACAUUAAGCAUACUGGGUAUCUGUGUCUUUCACAACAAGCAUUUUAAAAAGAAAAAUCAAUGCAACAAAUGGGUAAUUAGUAUAAAAGUGCUAAGAGCUGUUUGAAAAGUUAACACUAUAGUAUACAGUCAGUUAUAUCUGAGGCAAACUACAACAAACUUCCAGCUUAUUAUGGACAAUAUUCCAGUAGUUGUUUCAAACAGUUGUUUGAAAGAAAAAAAAAAAUCCAGGAGCUGAUUAGUGAUGCAGAUAAACUGCCAUCAAGGUCUCUGGCCAGUGAGCAAAUUGAAAACCAAAAGCAAAUCCAAAUGAGGAAGAAGAUUUUAAUAAAGGAAUACCUUCUCCGUAGCAGGUAUGAUGCUGACUGCUCAAGGCGUGUGCGCACACACACACACACACACACACACACACACACACACACACACACACACACCCAACACUCACACGUUUCUUUUCCCAAUUAAACUGCAAAUAGAUUGAGACUUUGUGUUAAUCAAAAAUUUAAGUGAUCAAAAGCACUGAUAUGGAAUGCCUGUUUGUUUUUGUUCUGGUUAAAAUCUCAUAAAAAUACAUUCAACAGGAAAACAUAAAUUGUAUGUGUAUAAAUAUAUAUGCAUAUAUAUUACAUACACACGCACACAAAUACUUUUGUUUUUCUGAAGCAUAAGAUAGUUACAUAAAUAUUCCUAUAAUUGCUAAAGUUUAAAGAGGCAUAUUUUUUUUUGAGCUUCAACAAA